AUGGAGCUGCUGCCUAGGGGAGUCGUUGUCAUUGCGGGAGGUGGACCAAUCGGUCUGCUACUUGCGCGAGUUCUCUCCUUCUAUGGUGUGAAGUCGAAACUAUUCGAACGCAAUAAGGCCACCACCAAGUGGCCCAAAAUGGACCUGACCAACGCUCGAUCAAUGGAGAUCUUUCACAAGCUGGGCCUCGCAGAUGAUCUCCGAAAGCAAGGCGUUCCGCCGGAAAUCGACCAGAAUGUCAUAAUAUCCACUGGGCUCUCUGCCGAAAAGCCUCUCACGCAGUGGGAUCUGCCAGGAGUAGAGAAAUUCAGAACCCAAAUCCAGAACACAAAUGACGGCACACAGCCCCAAGAGCCUUGGCAGAGAGUCUCGCAAGCCAUCUUUGAGAGAUGGCUGAAGAAAAUAUGCGACAACGAUCCUCUUAUUGACCUCAACUAUGGCUUCAAAGUUGAACACGUUGAAGAGCAAGAGGGCUUCGCACACACGACAAUCACAGACGUCAAUACCGGAGAGAGAACCGUUGUAAGAUCCGACUAUGUCGUGGGAUGCGACGGCGCCUCUAGUCGAACGCGUACUUCACUUUCGAUUCCUCUCGACGGAGGCCCAAUACCCUCUUGUGCCUUGCUGGUUCAUUUCAAGUCUCGUGAUCUAACGAAACUACACAAACAAGGGAGGUUCUGGCAUAUCUUCCUCCUCGGCCAGUCAGGCGGAUUUGAAGGGGCCAUUAUCUCACAAGACGAAAAGGAUACCUGGACGACCCAUCUGUUCCUGCCCCUUGAUGCUGAGCCCGAAAAGAUCGAAUCUCAUGAUGCAGUCUACCGUGUCCUUGGAGGGCUUUACGAGCCGUACAAGUUCCAGAUCGACGAGAUUCUGGUGCGCUCCAUCUGGAGGCCAAACGUCGCCGUGGCACGCCGCUGGAGAAGCGACGAAGGGCACGUGUUCCUCGCCGGCGACUCGGCACACCAGAACAUUCCCACCGGGGGAUAUGGGAUGAACAUGGGUAUUGGAGAUGCCUUCGACCUCGGGUGGAAGCUCGCCUCAGUCAUCAACGGUGAGGGCGGGUCAGAGCUCCUCAAGUCGUAUGAGCUGGAGCGCAAGCCAGUGGCCCUCAAAAAUGUGGAGCGGUCUCAUGAUCACUUCAAGGUUCACAAUGAGUUGCAGACGUUGCUCGGCGGCGGUGAUCCGCAUCGCGUCGACGCCGACACUGAAGAAGCACGUAUUCUCAGACAGCGUGUUCACGAAUUCUACCAAAGCCAUGAUGGGGAAAAUAGGGACCUUGGGAUAGAGAUGGGAUACCGGUACAACUCACACAUCGUUUUGCACCGGGAAGACGACGGCAGUGAGCCUCCCUCGGAUCCGCGUUAUUAUACGCCGACAACGUGGCCUGGUGGCCGGCCCCCUCAUCUUUUUCUCUCCGAUGGUACCCCGAUAUUCGACAAGUUCGGGAAACACUGGUCACUUCUUUGCUUCACCGAAACUAAUGUGGGACAAUAUUAUAUCGUCCAAGCCGCGAGCGAUUUGGGUUUAAGUCUGUCCCUGAUCAAUCUUUCAGGAGAAGCGCAAGCUAGAGCGUUGUAUGAACGAAAUCUUCUCUUGAUUCGGCCAGACCAGCACGUCGCCUGGAGAGCUCAGGCAGUGGAAUCCUCAGCAAUCGCAGCUGCGGUCCUGAGUACUGUUUCUGGGCGCAUCGUCAUGGAUAUAAGGAAGGCAGUUAGCGAAGACGCAAGCCUUGAAUAG